AUGUUUUUUCCUCCUCGAAUCAUAGUUCCACCCCAAAGUUCUGAUCAAAUAUCGCCUUGGGUUGGGUAUAGCCCUUAUUCUAAAAAAAGAUUUCAUGCCAAAAUUGCCCACCGUAGCGAUUUGGUAAUUUUUUUCUAUUACUGUAAUAUUUUUUGCUGCAGG